AUGGGUGUCAAGCAAGAUCUCAUUGCCGCUCUCGGUGAAUUCGUGGGGACCACCUUGUUCCUCUUCCUUGCUCUAGGAGGAGCCAAGACUGCCCAGUACACUGUCAGCGCGGUGCAAACGGACACGGUCACCUCCGAGACCCUGAGUAAUCAGACGAUUAUGUACAUUGCCGUCAGCUUCGGACUUAGUCUUCUUUCUCAAGCCUGGGUCUUCUACCGAGUAACAGGAGGACUUUUCAACCCCGCCAUCACCCUUGCUCUUUAUCUCAUCGGAGGACUGAGUUGGUUCCGAGCCGGACUUCUCUUUAUCUCACAAAUUCUUGGAGGAAUCGCAGGCGCGGCAUUAGUUGCGGCUCUGACGCCCUUUGGUGGUGUGGGAACAGUGACGACUACCCUAUCCACGGGUGUCAAUGUCGCACAGGGCUUCUUCAUCGAGGCAUUCCUCACUGCCAUGCUGGUCCUCUCUGUCCUCUUCCUCGCUGCAGAGAAGCACAAGAGUACCUACCUUGCACCCCUGGGAAUCGGACUUACCCUUCUCGUCUGCCAUCUCUUCGGUGUUGGAUGGACAGGGUGUGGAGUCAAUCCCGCCAGGAGUUUCGGCCCGGCAGUCGUGGAUGUGCAAUUCCCAGGGUACCACUGGAUCUACUGGAUUGGCCCACUCUUUGGAUCCCUCAUGGCUGUAGGCUUCUACCUUCUGCUCAAGGCCUUCGACUACACUUCGGUCGUCUUUGGUCAGGAUGCUGACCACGAAUUGACC